ACCCCGUUCCGAUCUGUGCUUUGGCUCCUCCCUGUGUGGAACGAGUGACAGCUGGGAUAGCUGAGUGCUUGUAAGAAGCCUUCAUCUCCAAAUAGGAUGACCAGCCGACACGGUGGAGAAACUGUGCCUCGUUGUCGCGUAUGAUUCGAACCACACAUUGUUAGUUCUUGGGCGUCUGUUUGGUUCUGUUCAGUUAUUUUGAAAGGAUACCUUAAGAAGGAAAAGAACAAAACAUCAACGGCUUUUCAAGUGGAUUUCCAAUGGAUAUUCCGAUCUGAGGAGGUGCGCGAGAGCACGGUAGAAGUAGAGAGGUAGUCACGGAGCCUACAGCGCCACCAUGAGGUCGGAGGCCUGGCUGCUGUCCCUCACCCUUCUGCAGGUGGCGGGAGCCGGCUUCCCUGAGGACACCGAGCCCAUCAGUAUUUCACAUGGCAACUAUACAAAGCAAUAUCCUGCAUUCGUGGGCCAUAAACCGGGCAAAAACAACACGCAAAGACAUAAACUGGACAUUCAGCUGAUCGUUAUCAUGAACCGGACCCUGUACAUCGCUGCAAGGGAUCACAUAUACGCGGUGGACAUCGACACAGCCAACAGCGAGGAGAUCUAUUUCAGCAAGAAGCUGACUUGGAAGUCCAGGCAGGCGGACGUGGACACCUGUCGGAUGAAGGGGAAGCACAAGGAUGAAUGCCACAAUUUCAUCAAGGUGCUCCUGCAGCAGAAUGAGGAUACGCUGUUUGUGUGCGGAACCAACGCAUUCAACCCCUCCUGUCGCACUUACACGAUGGACUCUCUGGAUGUCCUUGGGGAGGAGAUUAGCGGAAUGGCGCGCUGCCCCUAUGAUGCCAAGCAUGCCAACGUUGCCUUGUUUGCUGAUGGAAAGCUUUACUCGGCCACAGUAACGGACUUUCUGGCCAUCGACGCUGUCAUCUAUCGUAGCCUGGGAGACAGUCCAACACUGCGGACUGUCAAACAUGACUCCAAAUGGCUGAAAGAGCCCUACUUCGUCCAGUCUGUGGAUUAUGGCGACUUCAUCUACUUCUUCUACAGAGAGAUUGCUAUGGAGUACAACAGCAUGGGAAAGGUGGUGUUCCCCCGUGUGGCGAGGGUGUGUAAGAACGACCGCGGCGGCUCUCAGCGCGUGCUGGAGAAGCAGUGGACGUCUUUCCUGAAGGCGCGCAUCAACUGCUCCAUCCCCGGCGACUCGCAUUUUUAUUUCAACAUCCUGCAGGCCGUCACCGAUGUCAUCCAAGUCAGCGGGCGCGACGUUGUCAUGGCAACCUUCUCCACUCCAUACAACAGCAUCCCUGGCUCGGCCGUGUGUGUGUACGACAUGGCGGACGUAGCAGCAGCCUUCACUGGACGCUUCAAGGAGCAGAAGUCCCCUGACUCCACGUGGACCCCGGUCCCCGAGGACAAGGUGCCCAAGCCCAGACCUGGCUCCUGUGCUGGCACGCCAUUGUUGGAGCGGUACAAAGUGUCCAAUGAGUUUCCUGACGACACGCUCAACUUCAUCAAGAUGCACACUCUGAUGGACGAAGCUGUGCCCUCCAUCGGACGGCGGCCCUGGUUUCUCAAAACUAUGGUCCGGUAUCGGCUGACGCGGAUCGCUGUAGACAGUGCGGCCGGUCCAUAUGGGAAUCAUACGGUGGUGUUCCUGGGCUCGGAGCGAGGGAUCGUCCUGAAGUUCCUGGCCAAGAUGACCGACGGCCUCCUCAAUGACAGCCUCUUCCUGGAGGAGCUCAACGUCUACAACCCAGACAAGUGCAGCGUGGACGGCGUGGAGGACAAGCGCAUCGUGGGCAUGCAGAUCGACAGCAGCAGCCACUCUCUGUUCGUGGCCUUCACCUCCUGCGUGGUCCAGGUGCCGCUCUCACGCUGCCAGCGCCACGGGAAGUGCAAGAAAUCAUGCAUAGCCUCCAGGGAUCCAUACUGUGGAUGGGUAUCUGAGGGAGCUUGCAAGCCAUUGAUGCUCAACACAAAAUGGGCGUUUGAGCAGGACGUGGAGCAGGGAAACACAGAUGGACUGGGAGACUGCCAAAACUCUUUUGUGGCCCUGAAUGCCUUUCAUUCCAAUCGUCAUGGUUAUGACAUGUCUUCCAAGUUUUCUCAUGCAGGCGCCCCCACCUCCCCCAUGCUCACCACAGCCCUGGCCCCAGCUGCGGGACCUCUGGGGCGUGGGGGGAUGGUCAAGGCGGACGAGCCCGGGCGCGAUAAGACGGACCCCUACAUGGCAGUGCCCUCGCAGACACAGCAGGACGCCAGUGGUGUGAUUCGUGAGAGCUAUCAGAAGGAGCGUGAUCAGAUGGUGCCCGUGACGCUGUUGGCCAUCGCUGUGAUCCUGGCAUUCGUGAUGGGCGCCGUCUUCUCCGGCCUGGUGGUGUACUGCGUGUGCGAUCAGCGGCGGCGGCACUUUGAGACGCCCUCGCGCCACGACAAGGAGCUCCAGCACUCCCGCCGCGGCUCCAUGAACAGCGUCACCAAGAUGACGGGGCUCUUCGAGACGGGCAGCAGCGCCAAGGACCUGCGGGCCGCCGAAGCCAUCCUCACCCCGCUCAUGCACAACGGCCGCCUCACCGCCGCCAACGGCAAGAUGCUCAUCAAAGCCGACCAGCACCUGGACCUGUCAGCCCUGCCCACGCCAGAGGCCACACCCAUGCAGCCGCGCCGCAAGCCCAGCAGGGGGAGCCGCGAGUGGGAGCGCAACCAGAACCUCAUCAACGCCUGCGCCAAGGACCUGGGCGGCCUCGGCUCCCCCACCGUCAUCCCCACCGACCUGCCCCUCCGCUCCUCCCCCGGGCACAUCUCCAGCGUGGUGGUGCUGCCCCUGCCCCAGCACCAGCUGCAGGCCUACCAGCACGAGUACGUGGAGCAUCCCGGGGGCCCACAUGCUGAGCUGGGCCCUAUGGACGACCAGGGGGCCACUCUGGAGUACAAGACCAUGAAGAGCCCGUGCCCAAGCGGCCUGACGCUGGUGGAAGACGGCGAGGGUGGCAUGGGCAUGCUUCUGCCCCCCCGUGUGCCCCAGCGCGAGGCCUCGCUCACCGUGCCACCCCCCGCGGUCCCCCAGAUGGGCAAGCGAUUAGAGGUGCAUGGGCACGGGCACGGGCACGAGCACCGGCGGGGCUACGCCCUCAAGGCCUCGACUGCACUCAAACGCCACAACACCAACUCCUCCAACUCCUCCCAUCUGGCUCGGAACCACAGUUUCUCCCGCGUGGAGACCCCGCCCCCCGCCCCCCAGCGCGUGGACUCCAUCCUCAUGACGACGCUGUCGCGGGCAGGAGGCUCCUACGGGUCGCUGCCCCGCUGCGGGGCCCGGCUGUUCAAGCCCGACGUGCCGCCCAAACCCUCUCCCGCCUCCCUCUGCCCCUCCAGAGUCAAAUCCCCCAGUAGUGACUCCUACACAUAAUUGGCCACGCCCGCUUUUACUCGUCCUCCACGCCCUCGUCCUCCUCUCGUUCCCUCCUCCUGCUCGCUCACCCUCUGCGACACACUCUGGAGAAAAAAAAAGAGAAUCAAAAGUAACAGCGGCAAAACAGGGAACUCGCACUCUAACUAAAAAAAAACGUAUUGACUUUGUACAUUUGUUGUACAGUGAAAAGCAGCACUUCCUCUGAAAGAGAAAGAAGAAAAAAAAGAUGUCUAUAUAUAAAUACAAACACGUGCGUCACAUGGAUGGGCAGACUGCUUUGGGGCUCCUGGCUGAGGGAGACGGAAUACCUGCUACUGAGGAGAAAUCAUUGGAAACUGACUGUCUUUACCAUGUCAUCAGAAAGGAGGGGAAAAAAGAAGUCAAAUUGAGGAGUCGCUCUGUAGCGCUCCCAUCAGGAUGGAGCCACCUGACGCAGUGACGGGGGUUUGCUCUGUGAACAGUCUGCCAAAAAGCACAUGAGAGAGCCCCCAGAGAGGGUGGGGAAGGAGCAGUUGUAUAUUUGUGAACGGGCAGAGGCCCACGUAAGCACUUGGGACACAACAAGCACGUUUCUGACUGGAACAACAGCUUUGAGUUUACACCAGAAAAAAAGAAAUGAAAAGAAAAAAGUCUGAACUGUGAAUUUGACUUCCCAGUGUUUCAGCUACUGGAUGCAGCUAUCAAGGUUUCAUCUUGAGGAAGGUCUCAAAUCUUUCUACUGUACUGGUUACUGAAUAACACCUGACUGUUAAUACUAAUAGCUGGUUGUAUUUAUUUUUUAAUAAGUGCUUUCAAAGAAAGACUUAAUCUUUUUAGGCUCAAGAGAUCUUUUUUUAAUUAUUAUUUGAAUUAAUCAAGUGUAAAAUUAUUUAAAGUCAUUAAACUGGAGCCAGUUCAAGUCUUUUCAGAAGAGGUCCAUUAACUGUUUUGGGGCCUUUGAGAAAGUGAACGUUAGAGCGCUCUGAGCCCUUGUGUAUGAGGGUGUGUAUUUAUUGAACUGUGCCAGAGACAAACCAGCCAUGGACCUGUUUGCUCAAUGUUUGGACAGUCAAACAAAUGAAUAAAUCAUAAAGAUGGAGAAUUUUAAACUCCGGCAAAAAAAAAAACGUACUCUCACUUCCUGGACGGCCAUCAGUGAAGUGGGUUUAUGACCUGGAGCAGGUUUUAUGACCUCACUUCCUGUAGAGUUGAGCGACCUCACUUCCAGAUGACCACUGGCCCUUUUUGUGUUACCAGGCAUCAUGUUUUGCAUGUGAAAGUGCAAAAUAAAUCCUUGCCCCCCCUUCAUACACACACGUGCAGACUCAUACACACAUGAACAGAACGUGUUCAUUCGGACUCAUUGCCAUGCUGUUGAAAGCACUCAGCUCAUUGAGAAGGUUUCUGAGAUGGAUUCUUUUUCUGCCCUCCCAGAUACACAACCCUGUUAGCAGUGAGGUCCGUUCAGUCUGUUCAAUAGCCUGUUUGUGUUUCACUUCCACAUGUAAAUUUGUGCCUUACACUCCUUGAGUAGUGGUGGUUUUUGCUUUUGUUUUUGUUUUGUAUUUUUGUUUCUUACUUUUAACUGUUUAACCAUUUUCCCUCGUAGCUUUUCUGACGAUGAUUCCCUUUGUUUAAAAAAAGAAGCUCGCAGUGAAAGAAUGUAAGUGUUCUUGUUGUAACUCUGGUCCCGUUGGAAUAACAGUGGUGUGGGGUGGGUGGGUGGGUGGUUGGGGUGGGGGAAGGGGGAAGGGGGCUCUACCACCCCCAUGUUUCUCUCUCUCUGUGGUUCAUCUUUCUGAUUGUGCCAAUGACGCCCUCCAGUCAGCUCUCUUCUUUGGAUUUUAGCCACUCAGACAGUGUCGACACAUUUACGUUUUUUUUAUUUAUUUAUAUUUUUUUAAUUGUGUGUUCUUUUUUCUUUUUAUGUAACUCAACGUGUUACUGUUGUUUUUUUUUUCUUAACCUUCUCAUUUCUGCUGUUUUCAAAAGUUGUGUGUUGUUUUGGUGAAGGCCUUGGCCUUUGAGGUCAGUAUGGUCCAUCAUAGUAUGCCCACAAGAAACGAGUCCCAUCACGAUGUCUGUCCCUCCUUCCACCUCUUCUAUAUAUCUCACCAUCCCCUCUCUCUUGCACCAGACCCGUAUGUAUAUGAUCAAACCCAAUUUCUAGACAGUUAAAAGCAGGCUGGUUCCUGUAGCAGUUAAGCAUUGAGAUCAUAUCAAGGUGACAAUAUCAAACCCCCUUUUUAAAAAUAUCUUUCUACUGUAUGUUUGUGGCUUAUGUAUUUGAACUGAUUGUGUCUCAUCUUAAGUCCUGUCCUGGACCCGUGUUGUGUUGACCACUUCUCUUCACCAUUGAAAAGCCAGCACAUUGUUAGUGUUGUUAAUUAUAGUACGGUGUUGUAAAUUCUCCACAUCAUCUCAAUCCCCCUUCCUACGUUCAUUUCAAAGUCAUUCACCCGGCCUCUGAUGAAGCUGUAGGAUCUCCCUUUGUCACGAGGCAUGCGGAUAUGUGGAAGUGUAUGUUCACAGAGAAAGAUUUAAUGUGUAUCAAAUGUAUUGACUCCGUUGGCUGCAUUGCUGACCUACUUCUACGUCUACUUGGGGGGGCAUCUAGUCCCCAGUUAGCUAACUGCAGCGUUUGUGAAGUGAGGGGCUUGCCCAUGACUCAGUCUGUAUAGUGCAACAUCUCUUUUUAGAUAUAGAGGCAUGUUCAUUCCACCAUUGGGAUGGCCACUGUAGUCAGACAGUGCAGCGUUUCUGCCCGGUGUCUGGAUGGCCAUUAGACCGUAGGUCUCUGUGGUGUGCCUUCUUGUGUCUCACCCCCUGCUACGCACUGCGAGACAUAUAGCCCAGGGCUUCAUUUAAGAGCAGGCUUAGGACACAACUUUAAAACUGCAACUUGGGCCGCGAGAAAAUGUCAUAUGCUAAAGGCAAGUAGCGAAGGCUCACAGUCAUAGGUGUUAUGUGUUGUGAGUUCAUUUCUAUUCAAAUGGCGUGUCCGAGCUCAAGUUUCCCACAUGCCUGUCUGAGUCUCAGAAUGGUUUCUUUGUUCUUCAUUUUUUUUUUGUAAGAUUGUAAGAUAUUGUUGUCACCAGGUUUUUUCUUGCCGUCCACCUCCUUAACAUAUGAUUCACAACUAAAUGUAUGUUGUAAAGAAAUUCUCUUUAAUAAAUAAAAAGGUGUAAUGAAAUCAUUCAA